UGAGUGGACCCUACGCUCAUUCCAAACACGAGACUGAACAUCAAUCCGAACAAAACCAGAGAGAAAAAAGAGAAAUAAAGUUAUAUUGUCAACACAAACCACACAGUCGUAUAAAUAAAAACCAUCCAUCCUACACAGAUUUCCUUCCCAUCUUUUUCUUUUUCUGAUUUCUGAAGCAAUAGAAAAUGAGUCAGAAUGAUGACUGGGUCCAGGUCGCGCUGACGGAUGACGCGGUCGUUGCUGACCUGAUUGUCCGGCUACGUCAACCACUGCCGUGCAAGAGGAAGGGGAAGGCCCCGGCACCGGCGAUGGAGAUGGCUACUCUGUGUCCUCGCUGGACCGUGCGCCAACAACGGUCCAAACAGGUAGUAAUUAAGAAGAAAGCAGGGGAGUCUCCUCUUCGAGCUAGCCCGACGACGCCGCUUUCGUGGAGCGAAGCGACUUCUGUCAGUGGCGGCGGCGCUGAGGAGUCGAGCUGCUUCGUUAAGUCCUUGCCUGCUGCUGCUACGAGUGAAGAACGCUUCAGCAAGAGAGGUCGCAAGAGGAAGCAAACUGUUGCUGAUCUUCAAGCAGUGGAAAGCUCGCUUUUGAAUGAAAAUAUUAUACUGAAAAGUGAACUGGAAAGGCUACACUCUGAUGUUGAGAAAGUGAGAGCGGUAAAUGCAACGUUAAAGAUAAUGACGGCCAAUGUUCUAUCGCGACAUAUGAUGGAAACAUUCACAGCUGCUUCUGCAUCCAAGCAAGUGGCUCUAAACCAAUCCCGGCAACCAGUAAUACUUGCCCAGGAUCCCACAUACUCCAUGUCUCAGGGUGUCGCAUGCAUUAAGCUUGACCAAUGUCACCGCUCAUCUGAGGGUGCUAUGGAGCCUUCGUUUGUGCUACCUGAUCUAAACUUACCUGUUGACGAAUCAGGUUUCGAUGGUUAAUGGAAUAACUCAACACCAUCUGUUGUUAAUAAUCAGUCAAUUUGACAGUUCUGAACUUCCGCAUGUUGACUUUGCAAGUGAUCGUCAACAUCAAUUACCUUCACUGCACAUGGUGAGCUGGAUAUGGGGUGGUUUUAAUACUUGAAGGUAGUGUAGGACUCCUAAUCUUUAGUUACAUCCACAUUUAUCAUCUUUGGAGAUUUCUACAGUUAUCCAAAAUUCUUUUGGGGGCCAACUCUCUUCUCACCCCUUCUCUUUUAGGAAAAUAUUUAUUAAGGCACACAAGGAGACGUAACCCGAUCCCGUUCUGUAGCAAAUUACAUUAUCUGGUACUUUCUGUUGAAUUGAGAAUCAAAUUAUCAAGUUCUUGUUA